AUGGGCUACGAAGACCUCUCUCACAGCCCCGAUGCCGAAAGCGGCAAGAUCAUCGAGGCGGAUGGCGAGAAGGUGUACGCCGCACCUCCGGCGUUCGAAGGCGACAUGCUGGGCGAGAUGAGUGAGACCGAGCGCGCUGUGUACGAUCACGGAAUCAAGAGGUUUAGUCGUCUGGGAUGGAAGCGACUCACCGUUGUGCUCAUCGUGGAGGCCAUCGCGCUGGGCAGUCUGUCCAUUCCCUCCACCUUCGCCACUCUGGGCAUGGUUGCCGGCGUCAUUUGCAGCGUGGGGCUCGGUCUGAUCGCCAUCUAUACAAGCUACAUCGUCGGGCAGGUCAAGCUCGCCUUCCCGCAGGUUGCCAACUACGCCGAUGCCGGUCGCCUGAUGGGAGACCGCACUGCCGCCUUACUGAUCCGCAUAAUCAAACCCAUCUUCCCCCGAGUCGCCAACUUCGCUGAGCGGGGUCGCGUGAUUGGAGGCCACUGUGGAUAUGAGCUGGUCAAUUUGAUGCUGGCCCUGCAACUGAUCUUGUUAACCGGUUCUCAUUGUCUGACGGGAACCAUUGCCUUCAUGAACAUCACUGAGAGUAACGUCUGUUCCGUGGUCUUUGCCGUGGUAUCCGCCAUCAUCUUAUUACUCUUGGCCAUUCCUCCCAGUUUCACCGAAGUCGCCAUUCUGGGCUACGUCGACUUCGCAUCCAUCAUCAUCGCCAUUGGUAUCACCAUCAUUGGGACUGGUGUCUCCUCCACCAACGCACCCGGAGGACUCGCCGCCGUGCCGUGGUCCGCAUGGCCCAAGGACAACCUGACCUUCACCGAUGCCUUUAUUGCCGUGUCCAACAUUAUUUUCGCCUACAGCUUUGCUAUGUGCCAAUUCUCCUUCAUGGACGAAAUGCACACCCCGAGAGACUUUGUCAAGUCGAUCUGGGCCCUGGGCCUCACGGAAAUCUUCGUGUACACUGUGACCGGUGCCCUGGUCUACGCCUUCGUGGGCCAGGAUGUGUCGAGCCCGGCCUUGACAUCGGCGGGUACCUUGUUGAGUCGGGUUGCGUACGGGGUGGCCCUCCCAGUCAUCUUCAUCAGUGGGUCGAUCAACACGGUGGUGUUUGGUCGCCUGAUUCACGGUCGCAUCUUUGCCAACUCCCCGAUCCGGUUUAUCAACACUACAAUGGGUUGGGUGACCUGGAUUGCGGUUAUUACGGGCGCCACGGUCAUCGCCUUCGUGAUCGCCGAAGUCAUUCCUUUCUUCUCUGAUUUGCUGUCGAUUUCGUCGGCACUCUUUAUCUCUGGCUUCACUUUCUACUUCCCCGCGGUGAUGUGGUUUUUGUUGAUCCGCAAAGGCAGCUGGCUCGAGCCCAUGAACCUCCUGUUGACCGUGAUCAACGCCUUCAUCUUUAUUAUUGGCAUGAUCACUCUGGUCGGAGGAACCUAUUCUAGUAUUGAUGACAUUAUCAACAACUACAAGACUGGCUCCGUGCGCGGCGUCUUCACGUGUGCGGCGCCGGAGUAA